AUGCCGGUCACCGAACUCGCCCUCCUCCGCUUGAGAGUGCAAGACCCCCCGUCUUCUACCAAGAGUACUUUCUUAGAAGCCAAGAAGAAACAGAGUGAAUACUCAGGCUAUCCCGUCACAUACCUGCGCCAGGUCGAAGACCCACUGUCCCUUUAUCUGCUGGGUGGAUGGGAGUCUGUCGAGAAACAUACCGGCGAAGGACAGUGGCUUUCACUCGAAGUCAACCAGAACCUUCUCGCGAAGUUGAAGGACAAUGUUGAUGUCAGUUGGAUGUUUCACUUGGACGUUGAACCAUCCAAAAUCCCACUGGAUGCACCCGUUCUCGCUAUAACCCGAUGCUUUGUCGAGCCAAGCAAGAAAGAUGAAUUCGACGCUGCUUUCAAGGCUGGUGUCUCUCAUUUGAAUGCGUCCACGGCUCCGUUCUCUUCGUGCGGUGCGUGGCGUAUCGAUAAAGAGGGCGAAGAUGAGGAGUUUGUUAUUUUCAGUGGGUGGAACGAAGUCAAGGAUCAUCUUGCUUUCGGCGAAUCUGAGACUUCUGAGGAAUUUGGAAAGCUUAAGGCGUUGGCGAAGGAUGCGGAUGUUAAGCAUGUACAUGUUGAGAAGUGGGAGUGA